AUGUGGCAGAUUUUGACUCUCGCUUUGGUAACUUUUUAUCCCUAUUUUGCCGACUCGUGGAAGAACUCGUCAAUUGGUGCCCGCUCAACUGGAGGACACAACCCCUCGUUCGUUUGGGUAACUCAUGAGCCAUUUGCCUUCUGGCAGGAUAAAGAUUUGUAUAAAAGCAUCAAUGAUCUCAGUGUCACAGAAGACGACAUUAACAAGGCAAUCCACAUAAAUGACAUUACUGAUCCUUGCCGUGUGACGACACUGACGAACAAAAUAUUCCGGGGUGAGCCUGUCAAAAUGAUUGUGAUUGGUGGAUCAAAUUCAGCCGGGGGUGGAAUAAAAAAUCACAGGCGUUUAUAUCACCAACUGUUCUCUCAGUGGUGGGACAAAGUGAUUUCAACAACGACUGGCUCCAAGUUGACGGUAGAAAAUUUGUCACUUGGAGGGACAGGAAGCGAUUUCUUUACAUUUUGCCUGCAAAAUUUCAUAAAAACAGAUGAUGAACCAGAUGUAGUGUUUAUCGAGUUAUCAGUAAACGAUUAUGGAUGCAUACACGGUGCAACAGCGCGGCCCAUGGAACUCCUCACGCGACGAGUAUUAUCCUUGAAGUCAUUUCCAUUAGUUCUGUACGUAAGCUUGGUUGAUUUGGUCAAGAAGGGUGCUUCUCUUAGCACUGCUAAGAACCCAAGAUGUCAUAAUUUGGAAGAUUUGGGACAACACGAGCUCGCAACUCAUUACGGAAUUACCUUGCUAAGCUGGCGUGACAUACUUUGUCCAGUGAAUUCAGCUAAUGGCAUCCGAAAAGCCAUCAUACGGCCGGGAAUGGUUAAUGAUGAUCAUCUGCAUAUUGAUAUUAAAGGACACGCUCAAGUGGCUCUCAUGCAAAUCCGUUACUUUCAGAAGAUUCUUCAACGAACGAGCCAGCAGCUGUUCUGUGAGAAAUCUCCAAUGAAGGACCCUUUAUUUACCAGCAGCUCGAUACUGGUUACAAACCCUCAUUGUUGGGCAUCUACAAACCCAAGAUGGGGAAAAUCCACUGUGCACCAGUCUCUUGAUGUAAAGGUCAACAAAAAACGGCGCUUCAGCGAGCUUCCAUUAGAAAGCAUCAAAGCAAAGAUGGGCUUUCCAUCAGACCGUCGAACUGAUGCGUUCGGUGGCUGGGUGUCUCUUCGACAAGGCAGCUUUAUAGAGUUCUCCUUACAAGUUCCACCCAAGAAAUGGUCUGUAGGUAUCAUUUUGCGAAGAAUGAGGCAAAAUUCGGGUCGUGUAGUGAUGUGGCUCGACAAAGACAAAAAGAACGCGGUAGCCAUAAUUGGGAAAGCUUUCGGUAACGUUCAUUAUCAAACUCGUGUUUACUUCGUGGCUUCAGACGUGCCUCAGGGCCGUCAUACCAUUAGCUUGGAGUCUCAAGGUAACAAAGCUAUUUCUCUUUUAAUAAACGGCAUCGUGUUGGGCCCUGCAGGGGUUAAAGGAUUUAAAGGAUAUAAACCUACAGGAACUUUAGAAAAAGUUUGGAGUCUCGAGGACUACAAAAAGUUUAAAUUAUAA